GUUUUGUUGAUUAUAGAAUAAUUAUCUAUUCAUUAGUUGUUGAAGAACUUUAAGGAUGCUACUGCAGUAGAUAGUUACUAGCAAUCAGCUAGCCUGUCUUUGCUUUUAUUCUUCAUUUUCUUCGUGUCAGUCAACACGACAUUGUUGGUGGGUCGGGUUGCAUCCAUGGUUCGGAGGAUGUUGGUUCUGGGAAUGAACAAUCAAACAAGCAAACAAUCAAGCCAUUGUUCCUGGAUUACCCGUGGAUACUACCCCCCGACCGCAACUAUAUUGUAGACCAAUGUGGGAGCGAUGUCUUGGUUAUUAUGCAUUCUGAAGCUGUCUGCGCUUCGUGUAUGCUACCACUGAUGUCUGUGAGACACAUGGUGCAGCAUACUACUUGUGCUGUCCCGAUGUUCUGCAAGAACAUCAGAUCAUGCUGCUGGUUGUUGAUCGAUCGCUGCAUUGACUCGCAGUCAAACCCCUGUGGCAAAGAUCAAGCACAAAAAUCUGAAAAUAGAACAGCACAAAAAGCAAUGUGGGCUUAUUGUUGCCUGGUACCUGCAUUGGCGAGGUGACCGAUCAAUUUUCGGUGGAACGAUCUGGG